AUGGCUCUGAGAGAUUAUGUGAGUGAGUUCUUCCAUAACCACAACAUGAUGGCGCCGUUCUCAAGGUUUUACCGAGCCAUGGUGCUCAAGAUGAACCAAAGGGACUAUUAUGAGGACGAGGCGACGGCGUCGGGCGUGACGGACGGCGCGGCCGCUGACCAGCCGAACCGCAUUAUCUUCGUCAACCGCCCGCAGCCGCAGAAGUUCGUCAGCAACAGCAUAUCCACCGCCAAAUACAGCGUGCCUUCGUUCGUUCCCCUGUUCCUGUUCGAGCAGUUCCGCCGCUACUCCAACUGCUUCUUCCUGCUGAUCGCGCUGCUGCAGCAGAUACCCGACGUGUCGCCCACGGGGCGCUGGACCACCCUCACACCCCUCAUACUCAUACUAAGCGUCAGCGCCAUCAAGGAGAUCGUCGAAGACUUUAAGCGGCACCGGGCCGAUGACGAGACGAAUCGCCGGAAGGUGGAGGUGCUGCGCGGCGCCACUUGGCAGCUGGUGCGCUGGCAGAAGCUGCAAGUGGGCGACGUCUGCCGCGUCCUCAACAACCAGUUCUUCCCCGCUGACCUGGUGCUGCUCGCCUCCAGCGAGCCCCAGGGCAUCUCGUUCAUCGAGACCUCGAACCUGGACGGGGAGACGAACCUGAAGAUCCGGCAGGCCAGCCCCGAGACGGCGAGGCUGGACUCGCUGCCCGCGCUGGCCCACUUCCAGGCCACCAUCCAGUGCGAGCCCCCCAACAGGCACCUCUACGAGUUCAACGGCAUGCUCAAGGAGACCAACACCAUGUCGAUCCCGCUGGCGCUGGAGCAGAUGCUGCUGAGGGGCGCUUUGCUGCGCAACACGGCGUGGGUGCACGGCGUGGUGGUCUACACGGGCCACGAGACCAAGCUCAUGAAGAACUCCACCAAGGCGCCGCUGAAGCGGUCCUCGAUCGACCGCCAGACGAACACCCACAUCCUGAUGCUGUUCAUGAUCCUGCUGGGGCUGUCGCUGCUCAGCGCCGUCUGCAACGAGCUCUGGCUCAGGAGGCGCACCUCCUCCGACUGGUACAUCGGCCUCGACGAGGCACAGAAUGCGCAUUUCGGAUUCAACUUUUUAACCUUUUUGAUAUUAUACAACAAUCUUAUACCUAUAUCGUUACAAGUAACUGCGGAAAUUGUUAGAUUUUUUCAAGCGAAGUUCAUAGCGAUGGACAGCGAGAUGUACCACGAGGCGACGGACACGCCUGCGAUGGCGCGCACCUCCAACCUGAACGAGGAGCUGGGCAUGGUGCGCUACGUGUUCAGCGACAAGACCGGCACGCUCACCUGCAACGUCAUGGAGUUCCACAAGUGCUCCAUCGCGGAGAUCAUCUACAACCGGCCCGGGCCCAGCGAGCGGCUGGAGGACACGCUGCUGUUCCAGCACCUGCAGCGCAACCACCCCACGGCGCCGGUCAUCCGCGAGUUCCUCACCAUGCUGGCCAUCUGCCACACCGUCAUACCCGAGAUGGUGGACGGCAGGAUCAACUACCAUGCGGCCUCGCCGGACGAGCGCGCGCUGGUGCUGGGCGCGGCCGCGUUCGGGUUCGCGUUCGAGACGCGCACGCCCACGGCGGUGGCGCUGCGCGCGGGCAAGGGCGGCCCGCUGCUCCACUUCGCCGUGCUGCACGUGCUCGCCUUCACCUCGGCGCGCAAGCGCAUGUCCGUCAUCGUGCGCACGCCCACCGGUGAAAUAAAGCUGUACUGCAAGGGCGCGGACUCCGUGAUCUACCCGCGGCUGGCCGGCGGCCCCGACAACGCCAAGUACGCAGAGGCCACGCUGGCGCACUUGGAGCACUUCGCCACCGAGGGUCUUCGCACCCUGGUUUUCGCCGUCGCGGACAUACCGGAGCACGUCUACAAAGACUGGUCGAAUACGUUCCACAAGGCGAGCAUAGCGAUACAGGACCGCGAGCAGAAGAUUGAGGAGGCCGCUUUGCUCAUCGAGAACAACCUACGGCUGCUGGGCGCCACCGCUAUCGAGGACAAGCUGCAGGACGGCGUGCCCGAGACGAUAGCGGCGCUGCUGAAGGCCAACAUCCACGUGUGGGUGCUGACGGGCGACAAGCAGGAGACGGCCAUCAACAUCGCGCACUCGGCGAGGCUCAUCCACGCCGCCAUGCCGCUCGUGCUGCUCAACGAGGACAGCCUCGACGGCACACGAGAGAGCCUGUCCCGGCAUUCGGCGGACUUCGGCGAGAAUCUCGGCAAGGAGAACGACGUGGCGCUGGUCAUCGACGGCAAGACCCUCAAGUACGCGAUGGGCUGCGACCUGAAGAAGGACUUCCUCGACCUCUGCAUCUCCUGCAAAGUGGUCGUGUGCUGUCGGGUCUCCCCCAUUCAGAAAGCUGAGGUGGUGGAGCUGGUGUCGCGCGCCACCGGCGCCGUGACGCUGGCCAUCGGCGACGGCGCCAACGACGUGGCCAUGAUCCAGCGCGCCUCCGUGGGCGUGGGCAUCUCCGGCGUCGAGGGGCUGCAGGCCGUCUGCGCCUCCGACUACAGCAUCGCCCAGUUCCGCUUCCUGCUGCGGCUGCUACUGGUGCACGGAGCGUGGAACUACUCUAGGAUAAGCAAGCUGAUCCUCUACUCUUUCUACAAGAACAUCUGCCUCUACGUUAUCGAGCUGUGGUUUGCGAUAUAUUCAGCAUGGUCUGGGCAAAUACUAUUCGAGAGAUGGACGAUCGGUUUCUACAACGUAAUAUUCACUGCUUUACCACCGUUCGCAAUUGGUCUUUUCGACAAACUGUGUUCACCAGAGAUAAUGUUGAGGCAUCCCGUGCUGUACAUCCCCUCGCAGCAGGGGAUGCUGUUCAACGUGCGCGUGUUCUGGAUCUGGGCGGUGAACGCGCUGCUGCACUCGAUCCUGCUGUUCUGGCUGCCGAUGCUGCUGGCCAGCCACCACAUCCUGUGGCCCAACGGCAAGGACGGCGGCUACCUGGUGGUCGGGAACUUCGUGUAUACCUACGUGGUGCUGACGGUGUGCCUGAAGGCGGGCCUGGCCACGCACUCGUGGACCUGGGUGACGCACCUGGCCAUCUGGGGCUCCGUCGCCAUGUGGUUCGUCUUCAUACUCAUCUACAGCAACAUGUACCCGCUGGUGGUGAUCGGCGCGGUGAUGCGCGGCAUGGACCGGAUGGUGUUCAGCUCGCUGGUGUUUUGGUUCGGGCUGGUGCUCAUCCCGGUCGCGACGCUCGUACCGGACCUGCUCGUCACUGUCAUCCACAACUCGGCGUUCAAGACGAUGACGGAGGCGGUGCGCGAGAGCGAGAUCAAGCAGCGCGACCCGGCCGCGCUGCUGGCCCGUGAGGCCCAGCCGCGUCACUCG